UAAUAAUUACGGGACGAUGCCAAAUUGGGAUACGAGUUUGGUGACGGAUAUGAACGGAUCGGAUGGAACUGUGCUCAGAGGCUUUGGGGGUAAAAGUACAUUCAAUGGUGACAUUACGGAAUGGGACACGUCGCAAGUAACAGAUAUGCAAUACAUGUUUAAUAAUGCUUCUGCCUUCAACCACGACAUUUCCUCGUGGACUGGAACGGCAGCGACGACGGCGCAAACUGACAUGUUUUCCGGCGCAACUGCGUUUCAAGCGAAAUUUAAGUGCACCGACGCCGUCACUGGUCCUGCGUAUUCGUGCGAAGGUCCAUCGCCAAUCCCAGACGCGAGCUGGCAUACUUUUGUCACAGAAUGUUUGGAUGAAUCUACAGCGAUUAAGGUGACUGGAGAGUGUAUAGUCUGGGCUCGAUCGAAAGAGGUUUGGUACGGGACGAUGCCGAAUUGGGACACAAGUUUGGUGGAAGAUAUGAGUGGAUAUGAUGGAGGUUUUCAAGGCUUUGGUGGUAAAAGUACAUUCAACGGCGACAUUUCGAAGUGGAACACAGGAAAAGUGACAAAUAUGUUUUACAUGUUUUAUGUCGCUUCUGCGUUCAACCAAGACAUUGGGAGUUGGAACACAGCGCAAGUGACUGAUAUGGCAUAUAUGUUUAUAGUCGCUUCUGCGUUCAACCAAGACAUUGGGAGUUGGAACACAGAGAAAGUGACUACUAUGCAUGCUAUGUUUGCUGCCGCUUCUGCGUUCAACCACGACAUUGGGGAUUGGAAUACAGAGAAAGUGACUUCUAUGGGAUAUAUGUUUCAGUCCGCUCCUUCGUUCAACCAAGACAUUGGGAGUUGGAACACAGAGAAAGUGACUACUAUGUAUAUGAUGUUUUAUUCCGCUUCUGCCUUCAACCACGACAUUUCCUCGUGGACUGGAACGGCAGCGACGACGGCGCAAACUGACAUGUUUUCCGGCGCAACUGCGUUUCAAGCGAAAUUUAAGUGCACCGACGCCGUCACCGGUCCUGCGAAUUCGUGCGAAGGUCCCUCGCCAAUUCCAGACGCGAGCUGGCAUACUUUCGUCGCGGAAUGUUUGGCUGAAUCUACAGUGAUUGAGGUGACUGGAGAGUGUAUAGACUGGGCUCGAUCGAAAACCGUUUGGUACGGGACGAUGCCGAAUUGGGACGUGAGUUUGGUGACGGAUAUGAGUGGAUGGGACAAUGGUCCCCGAGGUUUUCAUGGUUUAUCUAGUUUCAACGCCGAUAUCUCGAAGUGGAACACGUCAGCACUAAUGGCUAUGAACGCUAUGUUUGAGGGUACCACGUCGUUCCAACAAGACAUCGGGGGUUGGAAGACGGAAAAAGUUACAAACAUGUGGGCGACAUUUAAAAAUUCUGCUUUCAACAGAAAUAUUUCGGGAUGGGACACGUCUGGAGUAACGGCUAUGAACGCUAUGUUUCGUGGUGCCACUGCAUUUAAUCACGACAUUUCCUCAUGGACUGGAACUGCCGCAACUACUCAGCAACCGUACAUGUUUGAAGGCGCGACUGCGUUUCAAGCGAAAUUCUCGUGCGACGACGCCGUCACUGGUCCUGCGAGAUCGUGUGUAUUGAAUCAAAGCUAG